AUGACUGAUCCUCGACCGUACCACAUUCUCAGCUAUGGCACUCUGCUGGGUGUCCAGGUCUAUCAGUCCUUCGUCUCAGGCGUGAUUGCCUUUAGGGCUCUGCCACGCCCUCAGUUCGCCCAGCUGCAGACCGCAACCUUCCCCAUCUACUUCUCUCUGCAGUCAGCCCUCCCCGUCGUGGUUGCUCUGACUGCCAGUAAAGGCAGCCAGGCACUCGGGAUCUCCGGGCUUUUGGCUCCGGAGAACCGACUUAAUACGCUACUGCCGAUGGCUACUGCGGUGGUGACGGGACUCGCCAAUCAAUUUAUUCUGCGCCCGCUCACGGUGAACGUGAUGCGGGAGCGGAAGAAGCAGGGUAUGUGUUGCUUGAACCUAUCAAAAAUGUCAGUUGAGAACAUAUCUGACUGGGAUUCAGAAACCCGUGAUGGCAAGAAGAGUUACGAUCCCCCUCCUCACUCCAAGCAAAUGCAGGCUUUGAACAAGAAGUUUGGUAAGGUUCAUGGAGUGUCGAGCUUGCUCAAUCUGGUCACUCUCCUUGCUACCGUUUAUUAUGGUGUGGUUAUUGGUAAACAAUUAUCGUGA